AUCCGAGGUUUGGCUCUUUUGGCGGCGCCGAGGGCACCUCCGGGAGGAGCCGGGGCCUGGGUUGUGCAAGCCGGGGCGGGGCUGGUGGCAUGGGGGCGCCCUUGAAGGCCUAGGGAAAGCCAGGCCAAAAACCGAUGCAAUUGACUGCCCGAAAUAGUGUUGGAACGGCAGCCUUUGAGACCAUUGAAAAAGUGCUUUUGGAAGAAUCAUGUAGUGAUACUUCACCUGCCUCAGAAUGUGAGAUCCAAGGCGAACUCAGAGAAGCCAAUUUCCUCACUGACCUUGGCGUCGCGGGCUGCUUUGGACGUGGAGAGAGACGCUAAAAUCCGCUCGCACAUCCGUGAGAUUUCCGUGGCUUAGCUAGCAGAUUGAGCUUAGGCCGAUCUCCCCAAGGCAUGCGAGCCGAUCCCACCAUUCCAUAUGUGUGUGUGAGGAAGACUAGAGUUCAGCUGGAAAGGAAAUGCAGAGGAGUGAGUUGGUGAGCGGGGUUGCAGCGGCUGCGUCUUGAAGUGCAGGACAAGGGUCCUCCCUCUGGCGACCCUGGUGGAGGCUGCAGGUGCAUGACCCGCCCCCGGAAGAUAGACGAAUGAGGAUGUAAGUUUGAGCAGCCUUCAGGAGCGAGGAUGGAGCAGUGGUUGCUGAGUGAUGUCCUUGAGUGCUCCGUCUGCCUGGAACAGUUGGAUUCCUCUUCCAGGGUCCUUCCUUGCCAGCACACCUUCUGCAGAAGAUGCCUCCUUGACAUUGUUCACAAUCUGAAGGAACUAAGAUGUCCAGAAUGUCGUGUGCUAGUAGAGGUGCCGGUGGACGAACUUCCACCAAAUAUCUUACUGAUGCGGAUCCUAGAGAGCAUGAGAAGUGCUACUCUCAAAGAGCCUGCAAAGGCGCCCCAUGCAGGCCCCACUCAUGGCCAGCCCCCAGGGAGAGCAGACCCCUUUGAUGGUCCACCUCUCACUCAAGCUCCACCUCCUCCAUCCCUGCAACACUACAACUCGUCCUCCUCCACACCCUUCUCGGGACCUUUCCAUACUGCCUCUGAGGCCCUGCCGUCUUCAGGAGGACGUCUGGUUGGUUUCACAGGAGGGGGCACUGGAACCGGGGAGACGUAUGGAGGGAACAGCGUUGUUAGUGCUGGAUAUGGAAGCUUGGCAGGGGGUAACCCAGGAGGCCUGGGAUUGUCUAGUUGCCCCCCACUUCAGGGUCUCAGCAACUCUUCAACACUGGGAGUCUCUACCUCAGCAGCAUCUCCUGCUACUCAGUCAUCCUCCUUGCCUAAUGUCGCUCAUCACAGACUGCCAUCAACUCUACAGCCAUGUGCAAAAGCUCUGUACAACUAUGAAAGGAAAGAGGCCAGGGAUCUCAGCUUCAAGAAGGGAGAUGUGAUUAUUCUCCGCAAGAAGAUUGAUGCCAACUGGUACCAAGGAGAGUUAGGUGGCCAAAUUGGCUUCUUCCCAGCAUCUUAUGUACAGGUCAUUACACCACUACCCAGUCACAUCCCUCAGUGCAAAGCUCUCUAUGACUUCAAAAUGACCAACGAUGAAGAAAGGGACUGCUUGACCUUCAGCAAGGGGGAUAUCAUCACAGUACUACGAAGAGUGGAUGAAAAUUGGGCUGAGGGAAAGCUCAACUCUCGCAUUGGGAUCUUUCCACUGUCAUUUGUGGACCUAAACAGUGCAGCAAAAGCACUAAUGAAGCUUUCACUAAAUGCACAACAAGGUCCCUCGCGUGUUGCUCCUCCAACCCCCACUAGCUUGGAGGGCGAGCCCCCCACACCCCUCAUCCUUAGUGAGGGCAAUGGGAGUGGUCCCCCCUCUGCCCAGGCUCCUCCAGUCCCUCACCCAGAGUCCUCCUCUUCAUCAUCCUCAGCCGUGACCAGCCCGGACCCCUCCUUGCCUUCCCCAACCUCCAGCCCUGCAUCCCCACCUAACAUUGGGCCCUCACCCUCUUCCUCCUUAGUUUCAUCUGCUGUGGUCCCUCUCCUGCGGGGGCCUAACAUGCGCCACCAGCGGGAGAAGCGGCACAGCUUCACAGGUGUGCGCACCCACAACCCCAGCCCUCCGCGGUCUCCUGCUUCCCCACACAG